AUGGAUGUAGAUAUUCCUCGCAAAAACUUUGAAUUUGCUAAUAACAUUACUGAAGUCGAUCCAACACAAGACUGGAUAUAUCGAUAUGAUAGUCAAGAACAGACUCGGGCACGGACGGAGAAGUCAUGGACCAAAGAUCCUCAUUAUUUUAAUAAAGUCAAGAUGUCAGCGGUGGCUCUCAUAAAAAUGGUUAUGCAUGCUAGGUCAGGAGGAAAUAUCGAAGUCAUGGGACUAAUGCAGGGUAAAAUUGAUGGCAGCACGAUUAUAAUCAUGGAUGCGUUCGCGCUGCCCGUUGAAGGGACAGAGACAAGAGUCAACGCGGCAGAUGAAGCUAAUGAAUAUAUGGUUACAUAUCAGACUACCAUUGAACAGGCUGGUAGGCUCGAGAAUAUUGUUGGGUGGUAUCAUAGUCAUCCUGGUUACGGGUGCUGGUUAUCUGGUAUCGAUGUGACCACGCAGAUGUCUAAUCAGCAGUACCAAGAUCCAUGGGUUGCCGUCGUCAUUGAUCCUAAUCGUACAAUAGCAGCCGGAAAAGUAGAAAUAGGCGCAUUCAGAACAUACCCAGAGGGUUACAAAGCACCGGAUGAAGGUCCAUCCGAGUAUCAGACAAUUCCGCUCAGCAAAAUUGAAGAUUUUGGAGUUCACUGUAAACAAUACUAUCAAUUGGAGAUUUCAUACUUUAAAUCAACGCUCGACACUCACUUGCUUGAGUUGCUAUGGAACAAAUACUGGGUCAAUACUUUAUCACAGUCACCACUCAUAGCAAAUCGUGGGUAUGCUGCUCGUCAAAUCUCAGAUUUGGCCGAGAAAUUAGAGCAAACAGAAUCACAAAUUCAACAAAGCGGUCGUAUUGCUGGAUUUGUAACUGGCGGCCUCGGAAGUGGAAAUCGCAUAGGCGCAUCAUCUCCAACGGCAUCUUCAUCUACAUCCAACGUGUCGGCAUCGGCCGGACCAAGUGGAUCAUCCAGUUCGAGUGGUAAUGCUGGGGACAAGAAGAAGGUCGAAGAGGGUCCGUUAAGCAAAGUUACCAGGGAUAGGUGA